UGCCAUGGGCGCAGGGCAGGUGUAGCUGCCUAAGCUGUAUAUUGUAAGGUGCCUUGUGCUGGCAGUAAAUUGAGAGAGGUAACUGAGGAGGGAGGGAAGAGGAGGAGGAGAGAGAAGGAAGAGGGAAGUGCCUUGCCUCACGUAAGAUCCACAUCAGCUCAGUCUGCUCUCUCCCAGUUCCCCUCCUGCUGCUGUUUGAUUUAGGGGACACAGCGCUGUACUCCCUGCCCAUCUACUCCUCGGCUCCCCUUCUGCCAUCGCUUCUACUUCUGACCCCUCCACUUCUUGGAUUAGUGGGCUGAAUGUUUCUCUCCGGCACUUGAGAUCCAGGAUGUUAGGAAUUGUUAAAAUGGAAGGACAUGAGACUACAGACUGGAGCAACUACUACCAGGAAACCCAAGAGGCUUAUUCCUCUGUACCGGUCAACAACAUGGCUCAAGGGUUGGCCCCCAUGAACACCUACAUGACCAUGAACACCAUGAGCUCCAGCAACAACAUCCCCCCAAGCUCCUUUAACAUGUCCUAUGCCAACUCAGGGCUAGCAGCUGGCUUGAGCCCCAGUGGCAUGUCAGGCAUGGGUCCUGCUGGCUCUAGUACUGUUAUGAACGGAAUGACAUCUGGGGUGGCACCUAUGGGCAGCGCCUUGAGCCCAGGCAGCAUGAACGCAAUGUCAGCCCAGCAAGCUUCCAUGAAUAGUUUGAGCCCUUAUUCUAGUAUGAACUCAGGAAUGAGUCCCAUGGCGUAUGCCCCCUCCAAUAUCAACAGGACCAGAGACACCAAGACCUUCCGGAGAAGUUACCCCCACGCUAAGCCCCCUUACUCGUACAUUUCGUUGAUCACCAUGGCCAUCCAACAGGCCCCCAGUAAGAUGCUGACCCUCAGUGAGAUCUACCAGUGGAUCAUGGACCUUUUUCCUUAUUACAGGCAGAACCAGCAGAGGUGGCAGAACUCCAUCAGGCACUCGCUGUCCUUCAACGACUGCUUCGUUAAGGUGGCCAGGUCUCCAGAUAAGCCUGGGAAAGGAUCUUACUGGACUCUACACCCCGAUUCCGGGAAUAUGUUUGAGAAUGGCUGCUACCUCCGUAGACAGAAGCGCUUUAAAUGUGACAAGCCACAAGGGGGCAAAGGAGGUCAUGACAGCAGGAAGGAUCAGUCAGGUUCCUCAUCACCUUUACACCGAGGGCAUGGCAAGUCCAGCCAGCUGGACAGCAGUUCGUCUAUGUCUAACCCCUCCAGUAGCCCCCAAUCCUUAGAGCACAAUGGUUCUAAUGGAGACCUGAAACCACAAGUGCCAGGCAACGGUGGUCCAUCUCCUUUAUCUUCUCACCCAGCUCACACAUCUCACUCUUUAGUCCACGAGUCCCACAUCCACCUGAAAGGAGAUCCCCACUAUUCCUUUAACCACCCGUUCUCCAUCAACAACCUGAUGUCUUCAUCUGAGCAACAACACAAACUGGACUUCAAAGCUUACGAACAGGCUCUGCAGCAGUAUUCCUCCUACGGGGGUUCUCUUCCUGCGAUGCCCCUUGGCAGCACAACCAUGGCUGGCAGAGGGACUAUAGAGCCUUCAGCACUAGAGCCAACGUAUUACCAAGGGGUCUAUUCCAGACCGGUCCUUAACACGUCAUAAUCAGACACCAUCUAUGUCAGAUAAUCUUCCUUGGUGGGAGGACAAUUCAUAUCCCUGUAAAAGUGACUGUUACUUUAAUAAUGUAUUACAACGCAAGAAAAAAAAAGUUAUUUUAAACACAAAAAUGGAAAAAACAUGCAGAUUUGGAGAUCUUUCAAUGUAAUAUAAAAACACAAAGGUCAACUAGCUGCAGAGGAGUGUAUUUAAA